AUGUCUCCAGGUCACAGUCAUAAAACAAGCGAACAAGCUGAAGGUCUCAUAAAGGUAUCACAAACUGGGAAAAGACCUAGACUACCCACACAGACAGGUCAGAAAUUUUUUUCAGAGGAAGAGGAAGGUCAAGAAGAAUCUUUAGAAACAGAGGAAGGCCAAAUUUCUGAUGAGCUGGAUAUUAAACGCAUGGAAUUAGUUAUCGCACUUAGUAUGGAAUAUGCAGUUCUAAAGGAAUCUUCAUCUAAUAAAUCAUUUCCAAGCUAUGGAAAAAAU